CUGAAAGUGCAGUGAAACGUCGUGCUGCUGCUGAAACAGCUCUCUGCGCCUGAAACCCACGUGGUCAGCGAACCACAACACCGUCUUCCUACGUUCUCAUUGGUCCACAGGUGAUUAUCGGGAUUGGCUGUAAGUGGCUUUAACCGAAAGGUAAACAUUACUGGAAAGUGGGAGAAUCUUCUUCGGUGAACCAGCACUUGUUCCUCUUCAGAACAGCGUCGAGGCUUUGAAACCAAACAGGGGGGGAAUGACCUGAAACUCCACUUAGAGCUGUCAAACCUCUCGGACUCAUUAACUUGAAGUGUAUCUCAGGGUUCAGCAGACAUGGUAGAGGUCUUUACCGGGCGGACACUCCUGAACAAAGACGGGGAUUUCGUCGACCCCGAGGAGGCGUUGAGGAAUAAAGUGGUGGGGAUCUACUUCUCUGCAGGAUGGUGUCCGCCUUGUCGGGACUUCACACCCAUCCUGUGUGAUUUCUACACGGAACUGGUUGAAGAGGGUGAACCUCCUGCUCAGUUUGAAAUAGUUUUCGUCUCUUCUGACAAGUCGAGUGAUGAUAUGGUUGAAUAUUAUCAUGAUAUGCACGGAGACUGGCUUGCUCUGCCCUGGACGGAUGACUACAAACAUGAGUUGAAGCAGCGGUACAAGAUCACAGCGGUGCCCAAGCUGGUGAUCGUGAAGGAGAACGGCGACGUGAUCACAGACAAGGGCAGGAAACAGAUCAGAGACCGAGGCCUGGCCUGUUUCAGGACCUGGCUGGAUGCUGCAGAGAUCUUUCAGAACUUUAAGGGUUAGGAGACAAUGAUGAGGAAAAUGACGACCCAUCUUUUCACAUGGGCUACCGUAAUAUAAAACCAAAGUAAAGUCUUUCUGCACUGACCUCAGUCCAGUCGGGGAUUAAAAGGAUAUGAAAGAUCAAGUUACAUCUCUGAAAAAUUUCAGUUCAGUUUAUUUAUUUAGAUUUUCCUCUGUUUCAAUUUUGGUUCAGCUGCUAACAAGUCACGCUUUGAUGAGAUGUUUAGAUUUUUUUUAAAUUUAUUUAUUUUUUACCUAACAUCCUAUGCAUUUAAGACAAAUCUCAGGCGUGUCUGUUGUGGUUCACGUGUGAGAAAUGCUCUGCUUUUGAGACACUGUUUAAUAUCAACACGUAAAGGCUACAGUAGUUUAGCAGUUUAUUUAAAAGUAUAUCAGCUUAUGUUCUUUAUAAGCGAGUGCACUAAUCAAACAUACACUAAAUAGAUACCUUCUUUCCAGAGAGUUUGCCUUUGUCUAUCUCCAAAAGUUUGACUUGUAGUUCUACUUUGAGCUGCCUGUAUAUUUUUAUAUUUUGUUUUUCAUGAGUUGCAAAGACUGGUAAUUAUUAAAUAUAUAUAUUCUGUGA